AUGCGGAGGGGAAGGACCCUGGGCGCCUGGGCGCUCCUCGCCAGCCUGGCCGUGGCCAGCUGGGGUGUCCGAGGACAGAAAGUAAUCGUGAAAGAAGCCAGCGGGAAGGUGUUCCUGCAAUGCCUAAUGGAGGGCCAAAAAUCACUUCAAAUCCAAUGGCGGAAAGAUGGGAAUAUGAUAGGAAACGCAACACAGCUGGACUUGGGUGCAGUUUACGAUGAUCCCAGAGGCACCUAUACAUGUGAACUAGAAGGCGGUAGUAAAAGGUCCUCCCUCCAGGUGCACUAUCGAAUGUGCCAGAACUGCAUCGAAGUGGACGCUCCCACCAUCUCGGGGAUCGUGGUCGCAGAUGUUGUCGCCACCGUCUUGCUGGCGGUUGCCGUGUAUUGCAUCACUGGCCAGGACAAGGGACGCAUGUCACGAGCUUCUGACAGGCAGAACCUGAUUGCCAACGAGCAGCUCUACCAGCCCCUUGGCGAGCGGGACGACGGACAGUACAGCCGGCUGACGCCUGCCAAGGCCCGCAAGUGA